AUGUUCUCGCCCGCGCUUUCCGGCGCUACAAAAUGUCGCAAGAGCUCGACGAUGCGCGAACAAAGAGCUGAACAGUUUUUCCAAUGUGCUGGCAAUUCUUCUCAAUCUCAAUCUUCGCAACACCAGCGUCGUCACCGGAGCUGGGUAGACCAUGAAAACUCGCCCUGCAAUGGCGAGUCUCUGGCUCUGCUUGUCACGAACGACUCGGGUUUGAAGAAAAACAAUGCUAGCAAGUUUAAGAGUCCCUCCUGCCCGCACAAAGUGUCUAAAUCCGUGAAUGCAGUCAUCUAUGGCGUCAUUAACUCUAUUUUGACCAUCCCGUGCAUGUAUGGCUACGCUGCUAUCAUAUUUAGCCAUCCCGACUUCGCUAGCUUCAUGCCAGCAUUAUCAAAGCUGGUCAUGUUCUCUAGUGUUGUACAUCAAGUAAUGUUCACACUUUUAAGCUCGCUCCCAUUUGCCAUCGGACAAGUGCAGGAUGCUGGUCUUAUCUUUCUCAGUGCCAUCGCAACAUCGAUUUGCAAGUCUUUAGGCGAAGAUGUGGCAUUAGAAGCCAAAGUUACGACCACAAUUGUAUCCAUUGGGCUGGCUACAGCGUCACUCGGUGUCGUCUUAGUAUUGCUUGGCAAGUUUAAACUGGCAGGACUUGUAUCGUACCUGCCAAUGCCAGUGGUAGGAGGGUAUUUGGCGUAUAUCGGCUUAUUUUGUAUGUAUGCGGGUUUGUCUUUGUGCACAGGCCUUGUGAUCAACGACUUUACUUCCAUGCUGCAAAUUUGGGACCUACACAAUAUGCUACUGUGUGUCCCGGGUAUCGUAGGUGGCGUAAUUUUGCUGCUCAUAUCGCUACGUUGUGAAACCUCCUAUGCACUACCAGCUGCGAUUCUACUCAUGCCAUUGCUAUUUUUUCUCGUGCUUGGGGUUUGUGGUACCUCCUUGGAUGACGCGCGUGACUUUGGGUGGGUAUCACCGGCUUCGAAUUCUGCUGGCUUCAUGCAAUUAGUCGACUUGUUUGAUCUGACGCAGAUGCACUGGAACCAAAUCCCAAAACAAUUUACGACGUGGCUUGGAAUGACAUUUGUUGUGGCCUUUUCGUCUUGUCUCGAUGUUGCAGCGAUCGAAAUGGAUAUGGGCAAACAGCUUAAUAUUAAUCACGAGCUGAAGUCGGUAGGUUGGUCGAACGUCGUGAGUGGAAUGCUCGGUGGUUACACGGGCUCAUACAUCUUCUCACAGACCAUUUUCACAUACCGAUCCAAGACCAAUUCGCGUCUCGUCGGUGUGUGCGUCAUUAUAUCGGAGAUGGCCAUUGUGAUAGUGCCGCUAUCAAUCAUAAGUCUUGUGCCGCGCUUUUUCUUUGCUUCCACUUUGAUCUUUAUUGCACUUGACUUAAUGAUGGAGUGGCUGGUGCACGUAUACCACAAAAUCCUGAUGCGGGAAUACGUAGUGUUAUGGCUUUCUUUCAUUGCCAUUAAUAUGGUGUCGCUUGAACUGGGAAUGGUCCUUGGCAUUGGCUUUGCAAUUAUUAAUUUUCUUAUAGGGUAUGCACGGGUUCGAGUCGUCAGCCGUCGUUCCCGUUCAUCAGCUGCUGUACGCAAACUUGCAGCACGCACGUUUCUUGGUCAAAAGCGUGAUGCUAUUGUUUAUCUGGAAUUAUAUGGCUAUCUUUUUUUUGGCUCAUCGGUGCAGAUUCUUGAAGACGUGCAGAAAGCUGUCCACAUUCGCGAAUCCGGGGUGACAUUGAAUCAGCGACUAACUGAUGCAAUGGACUUGGAAUCAAAACAUAUAGAUGACAGUGGUAUCCCACUCACCCCAGUGUCGAAACGCGAUGUCCCUAUUGUUUGUUUAGACGGUAGCUUGGCGCCGUAUCCAAACGGUCUGCCUACCGAAUACGUUGUUAUGAACUUUACGCGCGUUUCCGGCAUGGAUGCAACGGCUGCACGUAGCGCCUUUAUGAUCCUAUUGCAACAUUGCAAACGCUACGCCAUCACCGUACUUUUUGCAGAUGUGUUACCAGAAAUCCGCCAACUACUACUAAUGAACGAAAUUGUAGACGAGAACAACUUCUUUCUUGACGCAGACUCUGCCUUAGAAUUUUGCGAAAAUCAGCUGUUGGGUCAAACAGAUCAUGCCAAGGAGGUUACCGAUCGCCAUGAGUCUAUCAGUGUGCUUUUGCACCGAUUUAUGGGCGAGCCUGAUGAUUCACCGCUCUUUCAAGGUAUCGACCAAUUCUUUCAUAAGUAUGAGGUACCCGAGGGCUACGACUUCUACCGUGUUGCAUCUUACCCGGACCGAUUUUACUUUCUCGCUAGUGGCCGCGUUUCACUCUAUAUGAACAAUGACGGAAGCGUGGUGCCUGGGAAGCCCUUGACUAUGCUAGAGAAUGUGAUUCCCGGGGCCAUGUUCGGAGAGGUCGAUUUUUUUGGCCGUCAAUACCGAUACAUGGCUGCCAGAUCUGUGGAACCGUGUACAGUGUUUGAAAUGAAUCGCGAAACUUACGACUCGAUGGAUAAAGUAGCACCUGUGCUCUGGAAUCGCCUCCGUGAUGUUGUUAUGCAAUCAAUGGCCCUGUCUAUCACCAACACUACAUCGAUACAAACUGUCAACAACGCGAAAAACAACAUUUUACACAUGGAAGUCUGCUAA